GCAGGCUCGGUCCAUCCUCUGGCUCCCCAAACACAAUCAAGUGUAGCAGGGAUUCAUUCGAUCGAUAUCCCUUUGGAAUCCUGUAGGAUCUUCCCUGCCUGCUUGUCUUAGCCGAAGAGGAAGAGGAAGAGGAAGAGGAAGAGGAGAUGAGCUUCCAGGACCUGGAAUCGGGACGGUUGGGUGCCGAUAGGAGGAACCACAUUAACGGCAAGCAGAACACGACGCAGGCCGUAGCCUCUGGUGUUUUCCAGAUUAACACCGCCGUGGCCACCUUCCAGCGCCUUCUCAACUCUCUGGGAACCCCUAAGGACACGCCUGAGCUUCGCGAGAAGCUGCAUAAGACUAGGCUACAUAUUGGACAGUUGGUGAAGGAUACCUCAGCAAAACUAAAAGAAGCCAGUGAAACCAAUCAUCAGGGAGAAGUUAGCAAAAGCAAAAAGAUUGCUGAUGCAAAGCUUGCAAAAGAUUUCCAAGCGGUGCUGAAAGAGUUUCAGAGAGUUCAAAAGCUUGCAGCUGAGAGAGAAACAGCAUAUACACCCUUUAUACGCCAAGCAGUUCUUCCUUCAAGCUACACUGCAAGUGAGGCUGGUAUUGGUUCUGAGAAAACUCCAGAGGAGCGUGCUCUGUUAGUUGAGUCAAGAAGGCAGGAGGUACUGUUGUUGGAUAAUGAGAUUGCUUUUAAUGAAGCUAUCAUUGAGGAGCGACAAGUGGGCAUACAGGAGAUCCAACAGCAAAUUGGAGAGGUUAAUGAAAUAUUCAAAGAUCUUGCAGUGUUGGUUCAUGAUCAAGGAAAUAUGAUUGAUGAUAUCGGCUCCAAUAUUGAUAACUCCCUUGUGGCCACUACACAAGCCAAAACCGAAUUAACCAAAGCAUCAAAGACGCAGAAAUCAAACUCAUCUCUGGGCUGCUUGCUAUUGGUGAUAUUUGGUGUUGUCCUGCUCAUCGUAAUCAUCGUUCUGGCUGCUUGAUGGGGCUAAAAAUUGAUUUGAUUGGAGCCAAUGCUGCUUGAUAGAUGAAUUAUCAUGUGAAAUUAGUAUGGUUUGGUUGCAAGGUUUUGUGAUUUUUCUGGGUUUCCUUAAUGCCUUGCUGCCAUGUUUGUGUUGAGAUUGUUUGCCAUGUGAGUAAUUAACGCUGAGCCAUAUCAUAUUUGUGUAUAUACAUAACAUGAAUAAUUAAGGCAGUCAUUGUAU